AGCUAAAAGAGUUUGAAUUUUAAUAUUUUCAAUAUUUUGAAUGAAUAAUUUGAAUUUUAGGAGGAUUUUGGGAAUUGUUUUCCCUGGGAAUCUCCACGGGGAGCUUUGGGAUGUCACCUCGAGCUGGAGAGGGACAAGAACCAAUCCUGAAUUCCUCAAUUCCAGAAAUUCUUCCUGAGUUUGGAAGGAGAGGGACAAGAAUUAAAUUUGAAUUCCUCAAUUUUUCCUGGGCUUGGAAUGGGACAAAAAUCAAAAAAAAAAUCGAGUUCCUCAAUUCCAAAUUUUUCCUGGGCUCGGAUCAGGACAAAAACCAAUUUUGAAUUCCUGAAUUCCACAUUUUUCCCCGUGUUCAGAUCAGGACAAAAACCAAUUUUGAAUUCCUCAAUUCCAGAUUUUUUCCUGGGUUUGGAUCAGGACAAAAACCAAUUUUGAAUUCCUUAAUUCCAAAUUUUUCCUGGGCUCGGAUCAGGACAAAAACCAGUUUUGAAUUCCUGAAUUCCAGAUUUUUUCCUGGGUUUGGAUCAGGACAAAAUCCAAUUUUGAAUUCCUGAAUUCCACAUUUUUUCCUGGGCUCGGAUCAGGACCAGGAUCAGUCUGGAGUUUCUCAAUUCCAGAUUUUUUUCCUUGGGCUUGGAUCAGGACAAAAUCCAAUUUUGAAUUCCUGAAUUCCACUUUUUUCCCCGUGUUCAGAUCAGGACUGGGAUCAGUCCGGAGCUCCUCAUUCCAGAUGUUUUUCCCUGGGCUCGGAGCCUUUCCAGAGGCUCAGUUUUCCCUCUUUUCCCUCUUUUCCCUCUUUUCCAGGGCAGACUGGUUCCUCCUGGACAGCCGGAGCGUCCGGCACGCGGCCAUCGGCCUCUUCUGCUGCGGGGUCUGCCUCUACCUCACAGCUCUGGCCCUUUUCAUGCUGCUGCUGUUCCAGCUGGAGGCCGGGAUCGCCGGCGCCUGCAUCCUGACCUCCGGAAUUCUCGUCCUGCUCAUCUCCGUGCUCCACGCGCUGCUCCGCGCUUCCCACAUUUCCCAAAUUUCCCAGCGGAGCCGCUGGGAGCUUUCCCAAUCCUUGUACGAGAACGAUUGCGCCCGGCCCGGGGAGGACGGGAACGCGGCUCCCGCGGAAAUCCGCCGGGAAUUCUCCUUCCCGCUUUUCCCGCAGCGCAAAUCCCAGCCGGGCUCGGCCUCCAGCAGCAACCUGAGCUCGGCUGGCGGCGCCAGGAGCAAGGAAUCCCAGAGGGAAUCCCAGAGGGAAUCCAAGAGGGAAUUCCAGAGGGAAUCAUCCCAGAGGGAAUUAUCCCAGAAGGAUUUCCAGCGGGAAUCCCAGCGGGAAUUGUCGCGCACGCACAGGACGCUCUCGGCGGAUUCGGGAUUGCUCCAGGAGCAGGGAAAACCUUGGAAUGUCAUCACGAGGGAGAUGAGGAAUGCCAUGGCUCGCAAAUCCACCAAGGAUUCCACCCUGGUGUGAAGGAAAAUCGGGAUUUU